AUGAAGGCUUUUCUCUCCAGGCUGCACAUCGGCGGCGGCGCAAAGGACAAGGAAAGGGACCCCCAGCCAGUCCAGAAGGAAAAGUUCCCGCCGUUGCGCUCAUGGCCGCCAGACGAUCACAACAGAGCGACAUCUACCCCGACCUCCUACGCAUCGUUCAAGCCACUGCCCGAACUCCUGCCCUCCCAGCUGGCCGACCAGUUCUCGCCUCGACUGCUGCCGCCAAUCGACGAGCCAGCUUCUACUUCGACCAGAACGACACCCACUCCGACGCCAACUCCUACCUUGCCGUACACACCCUCACCUCAGCCGACGCUGCGCAACGAUGACCCCAGCGCUGAAGCAGCAAAUCGUGUCGCUUCACCCUCCAAGCAAGACCCAGAGGCUCCAGGUAGGAUUUCACGGAAACCGACAUCAACUUCAGUCAAUACAUCUCCUGCGCCUAACGAAGGCCAGAAGAAACAAGUCGCCUUCAUCUCUCCACCGCCAACGCCGAAUUUAACCGACGUCGAUCGCUCGUUGCCCGAUGCACCUGCUAACGGCCAGGCGUCUGCUUCGCCGCUCAAAACCACGUUGACGCGUUUUCAGGCCAUGCAUGGCAAGGAGCCUCGAGGCUCUACAUCUACAUCAGGCGCUUCCUCCUCGAAAACUGAUCUGUCGGCUACACCCAGCAGCAACACCGCUGUGAAAGCAACAUCGACACGAGCUACUUCACCUAGUCUUCACAAGACAUCUGGAGACGGCGUUUCCAUGCAAUCAUUGCGAUCCGGCACACCUUAUUCCCAGAUGUCCCAGAGCAGUGGUAGUCGCAUCCUAGCAGCCACAUCAUGGAGUGAAGUAAUUGAAGACGACCUCGUAUCCAACAUCGGUUCUCGAGAGCGCACACGGCAGGAAGUUCUGUUUGAAAUCAUAUCCAGUGAAGAAAGAUAUGUGCAGGAGCUCAUCAAAAUGAAGGAGACAUUCAUCGAUCCUCUUCUGCAUCCAUUCUCUUCAGCUGGUACACCAUUGUCAGCUUCCACUCCUAAUCUCGACUAUGACUACUACCGCGCGGAAUCUCCUCUCGAAUCAACAGACCAUCUACCCCCCAUCGCCGCCCGAUUCAUGUCGCCAACACCCACGACAGGCCAUCCACCUGGUUCUGGACCAUCCUCAAUACGGAAUAAGGACACACCAAACAUUGAUGGCGAAUCCUUGGACACAGACGAAGAAGCCGAAGGUGAUGACCGGAUUGGAAAGGGCUAUUCCUCUCGUCGACCAGAUGGCUCGAAGCAUGACCACCCUCGAUCACCAUAUCGCGCUACGGCGACCAAGACGAGUACCCGACAGGGCGGCACGUCAGUACCUUUUCCCUCCCGUUCCCACCAAUCCCUCCCGCCUCCUGCCCGCGCGAAUCCAAUGGCUGCUUCAACUCAAUCUCUUGGUAGGCAAUCGACUACACAAGAGCGCGAACGAGAGAGAAACCAUAGUCAAGGGCAGUCCUCGAAGCACACGACCUCCCAGAAGCCUGGCAUGCUCAAAAAGUUUAAGAAGAACCAGAAUUCAGUCGAGGAUGUAUUUGGUGGUUCCAUUGCUCCCCAACAGCUACCAGAAGAUUUGCGCGUAUGUUUGGAAGUCAUUGAUAAUGGUGUACUGGAAGGGCACAAACGACUAUCUGAGGCGCUCAAGAAAAGGUACGAUGACCAGUUCCCUUUAGUGCGCUCACUCGCAGACGUAUUCGUUGCCAAUUCCGACAUAUUUGGCGGCUAUGGGCAAUACGUGCUUCAUUUGGAGCGAGCGCUUGAGCAAGUCGAUAGUGCUUUGUCCAACGUGCCUGGGAAGAAGCCCAAGAAGCAAGAUAUGGGUGAAUGGCAGAGGGUCUGCAAAGCGCUCCAGAAAGUGGAGGAAAGCGCAGCAGACAAGGGCGAAACCGGCCUGGCUAUCACAAUAUCGAAACCCUUUCAGCGACUUCUCAAAUAUCCCCUCCUCUUCCAAAAUCUUCUGUUCCACACCGAUCCGAGCACGUACGAAUACGAAAGUACCUUGCAAAUGGUCGCGGAAGUCGAAACCAUCGUUCGGAGUAUCGAGGACGAGAAGAUCCAGAAGGAAGAGCGUGACAAGACACGUGAUGUCUUCGCCCGAAUCGAGGGCUUGGAGAAGGUCAAGCAAUUGGCUAUGCCCAAGCCAUCGAGGGUGCUUAUUGAAGAACGACAAUGCUUCCCCCCACCGCCUCAACCAGGCCAAGUUGGGAAAUUAUCCUCCCCUCCUCCUUCCAGCGCCAAGAAUGUGCGCGGGAAAUCGUCUUUCAAACGUCUCAGCGACGUUUUAUCGAAUAACAGCAACGGCAUUGGCGGAAAGAAGGACCUCUGGCUGGUCGUCUUCAACGAUGUCGUCUUACAAUGUCAGCGAACAGGCACGACGUCAGUACCACUAGUAUCGGGCUCGAGCUCUAGUAGAACCACUUCUAUGCCUGAGCUCCAAGGCAACAAGACUAAGUAUGCUACAACUGGGCGGCGAAACGCCCAAUUGAAAGCGCGCAACUUGUAUAAAUUCCUGAAGAUCGAGACGUGGACCAUCGGGGAUGUCACAAGUGCCCGAGAAGGUGUGGUCUCGAUGGAAGACGUCGUUCGUUCUCGAGCCCAAGCACACUCCAACCAACCACGAAUCGUCCCCCUUCCGGACGAGAACGAAGAUGAUGGUGGCGACUCCGACGACUCCGAUAAGAAGAGCAAGAUGAGCUUCUCGUAUUGGGGAGCUGACAAAGUCACAGUUCAGAAGCCGGUCAUCAAGCCUAGGACGGGUGUGGGUGUGGGCCGACGUGGAGCUAGCAAUUCGCCAUCUUACGGUCGCGAAUCGUCUGCUAAUGCGAAGUUCGGUACACGCCUGAUAUCGGAUUCUUCUCCAACGGUUCGUGCUGCCAGUCGACGCGCAGCUGGGACACCGACGUCAAAGAAGCCCGUCGCUGUUGACGACAAUAUCAAUUAUGCCAAAGCCACUGUCACUAGACCAGCUUGGGAUGGAAGUACACGCUCGGCCCUAUCCCCAACGCCGGGCGCAAAGCGGACGCGCAAUACCUCGCAAACAAGUUCGACUCCAAAACUUGUCGUCACUAAUAAACCAUUGGCUUCGCCUGCUCCAUCCGAGGACUCUGGGGUAGGCCUAUAUCGCCAGAUGAUUGCCAAUGAUGGUCUAAACCAAAUCUGA